AUGAAACUAUUUUAUAAUAUUAUUGAUGGAAGUUUUAGAAAUUUAUUUAUUAUUACAUUAUUUUUAUGGGAAAAAGUUAAUGGAAGGUAUAUGUUAACUAAUGACCUAGGACAAGAUAUUGAAUUUAAUAAUGAUCAAACAUUAAAUUAUGGAGAACCAUUUCAUAAAGAUGAACCAUUAGUUUCAAAAAAUAAGAUUGAUGAUAGCCGUCAAGUUAUGAUAAUAAAUAGUGAAAUUACCAAAGAUGACCAUCCAAUAUAUAAGUUUAAAGGAGAAGAAUUUGACUUACCAGAAAAUGAAGGAAUGAUAUCACAAAAUGAUAAAACAAUAUCUUUAAAAAGUUUAUCAUAA